AAAAAUUUCUUAUUAUUUAACAGUGGAAUGAUCAAUUGAUUUAUUUAGCAUAUUUCUAUAUUUGAUGUUUUGUUUAAACAUGUUAAAUGUAUUUUUAUCUGUAUUGCUCCUAGUGCUUUUACAUUCUGCAAUAAUAUCAGCACAAGAGGAUGAAAAAGCAAAUGUUUUUGCACAAAGAAUAACUAAGAUGUUAAGCCCAAGAAACAAGGCGUUGCUGAAACGUGAUAAUACAGUUCUGCACAGUUUCCGCUCGGAUACAAUCAUGAACAAAGAAGAAAAAAUUGCUGAAAGCAUGUGGAAUAUAAUAAAAGAACUCCCCUGCAAACAGGGAUACAGUGAUUUUGGAAAGAUUUACAAAGAAUCUUUUGACGUUGUUGUUGCACUUUUUACUGGUCUGGAAACAUCGAAAGAAAUUAGCAACAGUUUGGAAACAUUUUCAAAUAUUUUUCAAUAUUUGCUUUCUUUCAUUGAAAAGAACGAGCAAGAAAAGGUAAAUGAAAGCCUUGUUGUAUCAGCAGUUUUAAGAGUUAUCAGUGAAAGGAAUGAUACGAGAAAUGUUCACAUCGAUCCAUCCAAAAUAUUUCCACAGCUAAACACGUACAAUGCAUUGAAUAGCCCAGUGUUUAGACAAGCCUCAACAGAAAACGUUCCUUGGGAGGCUCUGCCCACAACUCCUUCACGUGUACAAGAACCAGAGAGUAGAUUAGAUUAUUUCAGAGAGGACGAAAGUUUGCACAUGUUCCAUAGAAAUUGGCACAGCAUAAACUUUGCUUCAUUCUCAUCACCUAGACGAAGACCAUUCGAACAUUUUUACUACCUUCACCGACUCUUUGUUUACAGAUAUAUAACAGAAAGAGAUACAGUCGGGAUCCCGGAAAUUACACCAUUAGAUGCUAACGCUAGGCGAGGAAGUUUUAGCACUUUUUAUUCGAUAACACCGAUUAAUGAUCCACAGAGAGUUUUGUCGAAUCGUUACAGCAGCAAUGUAGAUUUCUGCCGAUUACCACCACAAGUUUACAGUCGAAUUGAUAGUGCUGAAUCAGAAUGCUUCAGAAGUUUAAACCGAGGAGACGGACUAGAGGCAUAUGGUUCUAAUUGUGAUUUUUAUCACAAUGUAGGACACAACUCUAUCGGGGAUCAAUGUAAGAGUGGAAACCAGCUUGGCCUAAUGGGAUUCAGUGAUGUGUCGGCUCGUGAUCCAAUAUUUUAUCGGUGGCAUACUGAGAUUGAUAUCAAGUACGACCUAUAUCUGAGAAGACAAAGAGGCUACACCAGCCGAGAACUUUUCCCACCCAGAGGAAUUUAUGUGAUUGAUGUAUAUCUUCGGUCAAGAUGUAGAGAUGUAAAUAAGGUUGAAACCUUCUGGGAGUUAACGGAUAGUCAAUACAGACUUAAUCACAUGGAUUUCAGAUUUGAAAUAAGAUUUUGGAAUGCAUUACGACUCCGAAAUAAGGUUAUCUUAAGAAUUUUCCUUGUCAAAGAGAAAUUUGUGAAUAUCCAUAGACACUACUUUGAGCUGGACAGGUUUACUUACAGACUGACCGGAAAUAGAUUAGAAUCUUUGACAAGAUUCUCAAACCAAAGUUCAAUUAUCUGGAGGAACAAUGCCCAGUGUGGAUGGCCUCCAAAUCUACUUCUACCGAAAGGAGGACAAUUUACACCAGAAUCUUACAGAAUAAUUGUCUUCAUAAAUGAUGUUUCAAAUCAAGCUGUCAACGAAGGAGAAUCUGAUGAACCAACCAUUCCCUGUGGUUCGCCUAACGUUUUUAUGGACUCGAGACCAUUUGGGUGGCCGGUAGACAAGGAUUGGAUAGGUUUAAAUAAAAUGAAUGUGAUUAAUAACAGAUACAGGGUUUUCGGGAGAAUUUCUCAACGGAUUGAAAUCAUGAAUAGAGGUUUUAAUCCCAGCAUUUGCGAUGACGCCCGGUUUACUAGAGAAGGUUUAUCGAUGGUUAUGCCCUAAACAAACAUAGCAAGAAUAAUCCAUCAAUAUUAUAAAUAACAUUAUUCUUUAAUAAAUUUACCUUAAAUUAAAGAAAAAA